AUGGGGAGGACGAAGCUGGGCCUGGACAAGGUCCUCGACUGCUUCUCGCUCUCCGCCCUGUGCUCCAAUGCCUGCGCCUGCAUACAUUCCGUGGAGGAAGAAGACGAGGACGAGGCCAACGAGCGGAAGGCCCUGGUGAGCAGCCAGCUGGAAGAGCUGGUGAAGCUCAGGGACUUCGUCGAUGGAGCUGCCAAGACUCUUGCUUUCCAUCUCGAGCCAAAGACCGUGGAGCUCAAGGUGUCCAUGCACUGCUAUGGAUGCGCCAAGAAAGUCCAGAAGCACAUCUCCAAGAUGGACGGUGUUACGUCGUUCGAGGUAGAUUUGGAGAAAAAGAAGGUGGUGGUGAUUGGGGACAUCACGCCGUAUGAGGUGCUGGAGAGCAUCUCCAAGGUGAAGUUCGCAGAGCUGUGGGUGGCCCCCAACUCCAAGCAGCAAGCUGCGGAAAGGCUGGAUACAAAUACCAGUUAUUUGCUGAAAAUCAAAUUGCUUGGCAAUCGCAAAAAGGCUAGAAAGGAUGUCAAAUGUUUUAGUUUUGAUAUGGUUGUCGAUUCGGACUUGUCAAAUUAUAUGGAUUUCAUUGAGUCAAUUGUAGACAAGUAUCCACCAGGUUAUUUGGAAGUUGCUCAUAUUCAGUACUAUGAUCAUGUUCUGAAAACUUUUCCGAAAGUAAAUUCAGACCAAGAUUUGAUGUACAUGUUUGAUAUGCACAAUAAGGAGAAGGUCCAAGGCGAUGAUGAUUAUCUAAGAAAUCCAAAUCCAAUGAAUGAACAUGUCAGUGUUGAUGAGGAGACAAUUUACAUGCAAAAUGAACCUAUCAAUGCUCUAAGUGUGGUUGGGUGUUCUGAUAGAGGGAAGGAAAAGGUUGUGGCUAAGGAUGAAGAUGAUUUCGAGGAUGACUCGGAAUCUGACUUACAGUGUGACAUUGAUUUGGAGGAUGACUCGAGGUUGAAGUAG